UCUUUCAGGUUAUCCAGACUAUCAUAUGCUUAGCUCUUUUCCUUGCAACAUUAGCUAUUGUUUUUCACUCCCUCCAAAAGAUCAAAAUUGUUGGAGAAAUUGGAGACAUUUGCUCUAGAAGAAACAAGCCUCCCAAGUGGACAAUAUGUCUAUUACGAAUACACCCACAAGCAAUGACGCCUGUCUGAGCAUUGUGCAUAGUCUGAUGUGCCAUAGACAAGGUGGGGAGAGCGAGACGUUUGCAAAAAGAGCAAUUGAGAGCUUGGUAAAGAAGCUGAAGGAGAAAAAAGAUGAGUUGGAUUCAUUAAUAACAGCUAUAACUACAAAUGGAGCGCACCCAAGCAAAUGUGUUACCAUACAGAGAACACUGGACGGGAGGCUUCAGGUGGCUGGCCGCAAAGGGUUUCCUCAUGUGAUCUAUGCCCGUCUCUGGAGGUGGCCUGAUCUUCACAAAAAUGAACUGAAACAUGUUAAAUAUUGUCAGUAUGCAUUUGACUUAAAAUGCGACAGUGUCUGUGUGAAUCCAUAUCACUAUGAACGCGUUGUCUCCCCUGGAAUCGAUCUCUCAGGAUUAACAUUGCAAAGUAAUGCUCCACCAAGUAUGUUGGUGAAAGACGAGUACGUUCAUGACUUUGAGGGACAGCCAUCCCUGUCCUCCGAAGGACAUUCGAUUCAGACCAUCCAGCAUCCACCAAGUAACCGGGCGUCCUCGGAGACGUACAGCACCCCGGCUCUGCUAGCCCCGGCUGAGCCCAACGCAACCAGCACCACCAACUUCCCCAACAUCCCCGUGGCUUCCACAAGUCAGCCGGCCGGUCUCCUGGCGGCCAGCCAUAGCGAAGGCCUCUUGCAGAUCGCCUCGGGCCCCCAGCCGGGACAGCAACAGAAUGGAUUCACCGGGCAGCCAGCGACUUACCACCAUAACAGCACUACCACCUGGACGGGAAGUAGAACUGCACCAUACACACCUAAUUUGCCUCACCACCAAAACGGCCAUCUUCAGCACCACCCGCCUAUGCCGCCCCAUCCCGGACAUUACUGGCCAGUUCACAAUGAGCUUGCGUUCCAGCCUCCCAUUUCCAACCAUCCAGCUCCUGAGUACUGGUGCUCCAUUGCUUACUUUGAAAUGGACGUUCAGGUGGGAGAGACGUUUAAGGUCCCUUCAAGCUGCCCGAUUGUUACUGUGGAUGGCUACGUGGACCCUUCAGGAGGAGACCGCUUUUGCCUGGGUCAGCUCUCUAAUGUUCACAGGACAGAAGCCAUUGAGAGAGCAAGGUUGCACAUUGGCAAAGGUGUGCAGCUGGAAUGUAAAGGGGAAGGUGAUGUUUGGGUCAGGUGCCUUAGCGACCAUGCGGUCUUUGUACAGAGUUACUACUUAGACAGAGAAGCCGGACGUGCACCUGGAGAUGCUGUGCACAAGAUCUACCCAAGUGCAUAUAUAAAGGUCUUCGACUUGCGCCAGUGUCACCGUCAGAUGCAGCAGCAGGCGGCCACUGCUCAGGCUGCAGCUGCCGCCCAGGCAGCCGCCGUGGCAGGAAACAUCCCGGGCCCGGGAUCCGUCGGUGGGAUUGCCCCAGCUAUCAGUCUGUCUGCGGCUGCUGGCAUCGGUGUGGAUGACCUGCGCCGCCUGUGCAUCCUCAGGAUGAGUUUUGUGAAGGGCUGGGGACCUGAUUAUCCCAGGCAGAGCAUCAAGGAGACCCCCUGCUGGAUCGAGAUCCACUUGCACCGGGCCCUGCAGCUACUGGAUGAAGUCCUUCACACCAUGCCCAUUGCCGACCCCCAGCCGCUCGACUGAGGCCGAGUGUCUGUGAGGGCCACCCACCCACCCACCAUUCGGGUCCCUGAUGCUGCCAGGAGAGUGGACUCUGACGUAUAAUCCUGUUUAUAAUCUGAAGAUCUGUUUCACUUUUGUUUGCUUUAUCUUUUCAUCAAAGGUUGAAAAAUGGGUUUGCUGCCUUGCUCCUAGCAGACAGAAACUGGAUUAAAACAAAAAACAAUUCUUUUUUCCCCCCUCUCUAUUUAGAACUUUUCAGGCAUGGCUCAGAACUUGAAGAUCAUGAAAAACACAUUCUUUACCAAAUCUUCACCAGUUAUGUAUGAAGGAAUCAUUCCAGUGCUGGAAAAUGUAGCCCUUUCAGAUGUCUUAGAGCCUUUUAUAUGCAGAACAUUAGUGUGUUGUUCUCCAGAAUAAAUUUCAUAUUGCUGAUUUUAAAGGCAGAGAAGUUAUCAGCGUUAACUCACCUAUGCUAGUCUGUGUGCAAGCUGUUACUGUUGAACAUAACUUUACUCCAAAAUAGUGUGCCAUGUGGGUGACUUAAGUUUCCCAAAAGCAACUUUACUCUGUUUUUAAAAAAUAUGACAGCAAUGUAUUAUAACCUUUUCCCAAAAAACCCAUAUUUUUUGGCAAGUUAAACUAGAGAGGAUGGUUUUGAUUCAGGUUGUCUUGCAACUUCAGUUUUAUUUUUGCCAAGACAAAAACACUAACCUUUGUGUCUAUUGAGAAUUCCUUGAAACAAUUAGACCAAAUACAAAGUGACAUUUAAAGUGACACGUGGGGAAAAAAAAAGACACAUGUUGGCCCCACCUGGUGCCUGGCGGCACAUCGAGCAGGGCUGCUUCUACCCGGUGACACAGUCGGUCGUCCUCUGUGUCUGCGCUUGAGGAAGCAUUUCUUCCCCUCAUUGAUUCACAAAGAAAGCUUUUUGUAUUUUUAAAAGCAGUGCCAGUCCACUUUAUGGCUCACUGUUCUGCAAAGGUGGCAGGUGGGCCAAGGAAUCAUGAAGUUUUGGGAAACUGCUAAAUUCGAUGUCAGAUGUCAUGCAGAACAGUGGAACAUUGUGGUUCACAAUAGGUAGUUUGGAUAUUUUUGUACUUGGUUUGAUGUGAUUUUUUUUCAUAUACUGUUUAAAUCAUGUAUGUUAUGACAUUGUUUAAAAUUCAGUUUUUGUAUUUUGGGGCAAGACUGCAAACUUUUUAUAUACCUUUUGGUUAAUCUAAGCUCAUAUCAAUUGGCAGUGACUUUGUAUGGAGAAUCUCAGUAGACACCUUGCAGCUGUAUUGACUGUACAAACGACACAAUAUGUAUGCUUUUGACCUAGCUAGUAGCAUAAAUAAAACGGAAUCUCAGCAUACCAAGUGGAAUUCUA